AGGGCUCUGAGCCUAUGAUGUACUGAUUAGGCAGCAAGCAUGAGGGUAUUUCAAUCGGAUGAAGCUGGUCUCAAAUAGCCUUUUCACAUUCAGAGGGAAGAAGCAAUCAGAUGACUUCCAGGAACACCAUUUAGUAUUGUUAAGACACUGAAAAGGGAUACAUCAUCAACUCCAGGAACUUGAAAAUGAAUGACAACAACGUUUUGGCUCCUCCAGUCUCAGGCCAAGGUCCCACCACUCCACGCAAGGCACCCCCUAAAUUUAAGCAGAGGCAAACUCGACAAUUCAAGAGCAAGCCUCCUAAGAAAGGUGUAAAAGGGUUUGGAGAUGACAUUCCAGGCAUGGAAGGCCUUGGAACAGAUAUCACGGUCAUUUGUCCCUGGGAAGCCUUCAGUCAUUUGGAAUUACACGAGCUGGCCCAAUUUGGCAUCAUCUAAGUCAAGAAAGUAGCUGUCAACCAUCCCCAACAUUUCUUGUUCCUUGAAUGAUUAUGUGACCUUACCCAUCUGUGAUCUAUCCAGAUGCUUAGCUGUUUUGGAGCACCAUCUCCCACAAAUUAAGCAUUUGAAAUAUCAAUCACAUGUCAGGAUUAAGGAAAUGAACAAUCCCCUUUAUGUCAAA